AAAAAAGACAAGAAGACUCCUCCCGUCCCCCCUUUUCCCUCCAUUCCGCCAUCUCCUGGGCAUAAAGUCUUAGGCAAACCGUCUUGUUCGUCCGCGCUCGGUGCAAGCCGGAGUUUAGGAGCCAGAGCGUCCAACUGUGAAACAGACACGCUUCGGCCCCUGCGCUUCAGAAGCGUGCAAGAGGCGUCCGCGCAUGGGCAUUAUUGGCAUUAUUUGGCAUCUGGCAUUGCAUCCUUCCCAAUCUCGAGCUUCCUCAUCUCUCUUACCAGCCCAUUUGGUGCCCAGAGGGCUUGUCUGGUCGCCACUCACGCGUUGCACAACCACUCAUCUUUCCAGUCAUCGCUAAACCGACGGCGGAGCCCCGGGUGAACACGACGUUACCGAGCACGGAGUGCAGUUUUCGGUCCAUCGAGAAAAAAACCCUCCGAAGAUUAUACUCCAACCGUCCCCAUACCUCUUAGAUCCAAUCUACAUUGCAUCCUCGAGCUCACGCCGACUCCUUCUUUCUCGCCGUCCCUUUGUCGACCAUCCAUCUCCUCCCUUUUAUACCCUCGAACCUCUUUGCGCAGCACUGUCGCUGUCGCCGGCUCUCCCUUCUCUCCCUCAACGAUGCGCGUUUUGUCGGGCUGCUGACGUGAGCCGACUCUUCCGAGCCCUCCCUCUUCCCCCCCAGCCUCAAAACGCGGAAACUCGACCCUCGACCCGUCUCGCCUCCACGAGUUUCGUCAAACGUCCCAGAACAGCGGACAGUAUCUGGAAUCCCGUUUUUUGGCAAAAGUUUGUCCUCUGGUGUUUCUCGAUAAAACGAAAGUCACACCCCGCGCCCUUGGGGUGACGGUUUACCCCCCUUUAUUGGAUUCUGCACCUGCGCUUGCGCCCGCAACAUGGCUCGAAUACAUUUUACCAGCGGCGAGACCAGCGUCUCGAAACCGGUCAAGAGAAUGCGGUGGGCGACAACUCGAAAACCUGGCCAAAGCGGAACAAAGAAAAGGCUCUCUCUACUUCAACGGGUACCCAAGGUAACCGUCUCGACCUACGAAGAAAAGCCGGACGGCCCCAAAAACGCCGGUCUGAUCACCGACGAGAGUCCCCUCGGCGAGCAGCAAGCACAGCAGGAAUCAGACGGGCGCCAGAUCUACGUCAAUUUACCUCUACCUCCCGAAGCAAAAACAGAAGACGGCCAUAUCAAGGCCAAGUACUCGAGAAACAAGAUUAGGACGGCCAAAUAUACCCCUCUCAGCUUCGUGCCCAAAAACUUGUGGUUUCAAUUCCACAACAUCGCUAAUAUAUACUUUUUCUUUAUUGUCAUUCUCAGUAUAUUCUCCAUCUUUGGUGCUUCGAAUCCCGGUCUUGGAUCCGUUCCCCUGAUUUUUAUCCUGUCAGUGACAGCCAUCAAGGACGCAGUUGAGGAUUGGCGCAGAACGGUGCUGGACACCGAACUCAACAACUCACCAGUGUACCGGCUGGUGGAUUGGGACAACGUCAACUCCUCUGAUGACGAUAUUUCCCUCUGGAGGCGUUUGAAAAAGGCCUGCACAAGAUCUGUCGUUUCGACAUAUCGCUGGAUGAGGAGCCUGCGAAAAGGUCAACCCAAGCGUUCAGAAAAAGAUGUGGUUGCCGAUCACCCCGGUCUGCAAAGGAAUCAUUCGAUCGCUACAAGGCACACUAUUCGAAGCUCGAUCCACUCGGAAGAAGGCGAUUCUUUCCAUUCCUCCCAGAGCCAGACUGGCGAUGACAUUGCCAUGACUCCCGUGCCAUCUCCCGGUUACCGAUCGAGCCUUCCCCCGGAUGCCAAUGGCGGACCUCCGAGUAGUGCAUUCUCCUACGAGACGGCGGACGAAAGUCGCGCUGCUGGAGACAAUGCACCUUCAAUGCUCCGAACGCAGAAUUCCUCGAAAAGAAAGAGCGUUGUCCCCGCUAAGAAGGACUACGGCAGCGUGAUCAACCCUCACAAGGAAGUCCCUGAUACUGCCCGCUUCAAGAAAGACUACUGGAAAAAUGUCAAAGUGGGCGAUUUUGUCCGUAUCUACAAUGACGAGCCGGUCCCGGCCGACAUAGUCGUGCUCUCCACAUCUGACCCGGAUGGUGCCUGCUACAUUGAAACCAAAAACCUGGAUGGCGAGACAAAUCUGAAGGUCCGCCAUGCGCUUCAGGCAGGACGCAGAGUCAAGCAUGCCAAAGACUGUGAAUUCGCCGAGUUCUUGAUCGAUAGUGAAGGACCUAGCCCAAACUUGUAUACUUACAAUGGAGUGGCCCGAUGGCAACAGCAGGACCCCAAGAACCCCAAUGCUCCCACGCGUGACAUGGCGGAACCGAUUACCAUCAACAACAUGCUUCUACGUGGCUGCAGCUUGAAAAACACUGAAUGGAUUCUCGGCGUGGUUGUGUUCACCGGGGGUGAGACCAAAAUCAUGCUUAAUUCGGGCAUCACCCCCAGCAAACGUGCACGGAUGGCUAGGGACCUGAACUGGAACGUCAUCUACAACUUCAUCAUUUUGUUCUUCAUGUGCUUGGUUGCAGGUAUCGUGCAAGGUGUCACCUGGUCCGAAAACAACAACUCUUUGAACUUCUUCGAGUUUGGUUCGAUUGGCGGCAAUCCCCCAACUGACGGCUUCAUCACUUUCUGGGCCGCCGUCGUCUUGUUCCAGAAUUUGGUGCCCAUUUCUUUGUACAUCACCUUGGAAAUCGUCAGGUCCAUCCAAGCCUUCUUCAUUUGGUCCGAUGUCCAUAUGUACUACGAGAAACUUGAUUACCCCUGUACGCCCAAGAGCUGGAACAUUUCGGAUGAUCUGGGACAAAUCGAGUACAUUUUCUCGGACAAGACUGGAACAUUGACUCAGAAUGUUAUGGAGUUCAAAAAGUGCACUGUCAACGGAGUACCCUACGGCGAGGCUUACACUGAAGCCGAAGCAGGGAUGCGAAGAAGACAAGGCGUCGACGUCGACGCUGAGGCUGCUCGAGUGCGUCAAGAAAUCGCAGAGGCACGUGCUGAGAUGUUGAAGAUGCUCCGCAAGACCUACGACAAUCCAUAUCUCCACGAUGACGAGCUCACGUUCAUUUCUCCAACCUUUGUGGGUGAUCUCAAUGGUCAAUCAGGUGAAGCACAACAAGCGGCAACGGAACAUUUCAUGAUUGCCCUAGCUCUCUGCCACACGGUAAUCACGGAAACAACGCCAGGUGAUCCACCAAAGAUUGAGUUCAAGGCUCAGUCUCCCGAUGAAGCUGCUCUUGUCGCCACGGCGCGUGAUGUGGGGUUUACGGUCUUGGGUCGUACCAACGAUGAUCUCCACGUCAACGUCCUUGGGGAAGAUCGAACCUACCGGAUUCUGAACACUCUGGAGUUCAACUCGACCCGAAAGCGAAUGAGUGCCAUUGUACGUAUGCCUGAUGGGAAGAUCAAGCUGUUCUGCAAGGGCGCCGACAGCAUGAUCUAUUCGCGUCUUGCUCGUGGCCAACAGCAAGAACUUCGCAAGGCAACUGCUGAAAAUCUGGAGAUAUUUGCUCGUGAAGGGCUCAGGACGCUCUGUGUGGCAGAGAGAGAGAUUGACGAAGACUUCUACCAAGAAUGGAACAAGGACCACGACUUUGCCGCUCAAGCUUUGACCGACCGAGAGGACCGCCUUGAAGAGGUAGCCGAUAGGAUUGAGAGAGAACUCACACUCCUUGGAGGCACAGCCAUUGAAGAUCGUCUACAAGAUGGUGUUCCCGACACGAUCGCUCUACUUGGCCAAGCUGGUAUCAAGCUCUGGGUCCUCACUGGCGACAAGGUUGAGACCGCCAUCAACAUUGGGUUUUCUUGCAAUCUGCUCUCAAAUGAGAUGGAUUUGAUUCUUUUCGACAUCCCUGAGGCCACUUUAGACGAAGCUGCGAAGCUGCUGGAUCAACAUCUCCAAACAUUCGGAUUGACCGGCUCCGACGAGGAACUCGCAGCCGCUCGACUUGUUCACGAGCCGCCGCCACCAACCCAUGCUCUGGUCAUUGACGGAGAGUCGCUCAAGUUGGUUUUGCGAGAUGAGCUAAGACAGCGGUUUUUGGUAUUGUGCAAACAGUGCAGAUCCGUCCUCUGUUGCCGAGUCAGCCCUGCACAGAAAGCUGCUGUGGUUCAGCUUGUCAAAAACGGACUCGACGUUAUGGCAUUGUCUAUCGGCGAUGGUGCCAAUGAUGUUGCCAUGAUUCAGGAGGCCGACGUCGGUGUAGGCAUUGCCGGCGAGGAAGGGCGACAGGCCGUUAUGUCGUCCGACUAUGCCAUUGGCCAAUUCCGUUUCCUGCAGCGACUGGUUCUCGUCCACGGUCGUUGGUCUUACCGCCGUCUCGCUGAGAGUAUUGCCAAUUUCUUCUAUAAGAACCUGGUCUGGACCUUUGCCCUGUUUUGGUACCAAAUAUACAACAACUUUGACAUCACUUACCUCUUUGACUACACUUACAUCCUGCUGGUGAACUUGGCUUUCACAUCGGUACCUGUCGCUCUGCUGGGUAUCCUGGAUCAAGACGUGAGCGACAAAGUAUCUCUUGCAGUACCCCAAUUGUACCGACGCGGAAUGGAGCGAAAGGAAUGGACCCAAGUCAAGUUCUGGUUAUACAUGGUCGACGGCUUAUAUCAGUCUGCCAUUUGCUACUUUAUGGCCUACCUCCUUUUCCAGCCUGCAACCUUCGAAACCGAGAACGGAAGAGGCAUCGCCGACCGAAGCCGCAUGGGUGUCUAUGUGGCUUGUGUUACCAUCAUCGUGAUCAACUCCUACAUCCUUCUCAACACGUACAAGUGGGACUGGAUCAUGGUUUUGAUCACCGUCAUCAGCUGCCUCUUGAUCUUUGCCUGGACUGGCAUCUACUCUUCUUUCGAAGCUUCCUUCCAAUUCUACAAAGCCGGAUCCGAAGUCUACGGGCAAUUAACAUUCUGGGCGAUGACGCUCUUGACGUUCGUGAUAUGUCUGCUACCCCGCUUCUGUGUGAAAUAUUUCCAGAAGAACUACCUGCCCUACGACAUUGACAUCGUCCGGGAGCAGGUCCGACAAGGCAAAUUCAAGUACUUGGACGAAUACGAGGCUUACGUUCCUCCCAAAGUAGUCGACCUUUCAGGGACAUCGUCUGAACAACCUGAAGAGGUUCAUGUGGAAUCAAAUGGGCAGCAGCAGCCUCAUCAUGCACGAUAUGGAAGCAUGGCGGAAUCACAGCGACCGAUCUACCCACCCUCGGAGGCACCUACCCGUCAUCCUCACAGCCAAACAGGCAGUGACGGCACAGAUAGAACCCAGCCAUCCUUCGAUAUUGCUGGACAUCAUGCAGACUCGUCUACACCCGAAAAGCUACGGCGGAGGAGACCCUCCAUAGAGCGUGCUCGCUCGUCAUUUGAGAGGCAACGACAGUCUUUCGACAAGCUGAGACCGAGUUUCGAAGGAAGCCGUGAUUUCACCAGCGCCGCCAUGCUGUCAAGGAUGGAAUCUCAAUACUCCCAACCUGGUCUUAGUGAGGUCAAUACUCGAGUCAUCCCUGAGGAGAACGUGUAGAGCCCUCAUGACAAGGGGUCACAGCACAUUUUGUGUAUCACGAAUUUAUGCCGGCCUUCUAUAGCUAUGAUGAAAAAGGCGUUGCGGACCGCAUGGAUAUGGGACAGGUAUUAUAAGGGAGAGUAUCCGAAGAGACUGGCCAUGGAAUUGUGAAAUAUUUAGCGAAGGCUUUUUCUGCUGUAUAUACCUUUGAAAACACCUAAAUGAAACCACGCACCAGAAGUGGACGAGACUUUUAACGCGACUGAUUCUAGAUAGAGCCGCCAUUUGAUCCUCAUGAUUGGCCACUGCCAUGUAGAUAUGCAACUAUCAUUC